AUGGAAGAUCCUACUUCGGCGGAAGGAGAAAGCGGCUCAACCAAAUAUACGAUCAACGAUCUGAUGGAUGUUUUGCAACAUCCGUUGGCGAAGUUCGUGACCAUUCGCAAAGAAGUGAAUGAAGGUAACGCCGCGGCGGAGCGGCAGAAACUUGACCGCUCGAUCAGAAGCCAUGUUGAUCCAAUCGCGAAAGACGUCUUGAAGGUACCAGACAGCAGCAACACGACGAUCAAGGCCUAUGAGAACGGUGCGAAAGCGAUGACCGCUACACUCGUGACUACAAGCAAGACGGCCGAACGCGUGGAUCAAAGUAUAAGCAACUUGAACAAAAACAUCGGCGGUGUCCGUAUUAUGGCAAACUCGAUGAUGUCUGGUAUACUUCAGGCCCUUGAAGAGGUGGUUGAGGAAGUACGCAUGAUUAACCAUAACCUUGAGGGUAUCAAGGACGAGUUGCGGGCAAAGAAUAUCCUCGUCUCUUCGGGCGGAUUUGGACCGGAUGGUUUUGCUCCCAGAGAGUCGUUACCUAAGGAUUCCAAGGUGACCUUCCAUCUGGUUAUUCCAGCAUGGUAUGAGAUCCAAGUGAAGGUCCCGCUUCACUUUCCCGAUGAGCUUCAGCCUUUGCGAAUAGUGGGACCAAAGCAUGGUGGUAAAGAGUUGGUCUCUUUUAAUCUUCCUGCAGCAACGGCGGAUUUGCUUGAUGGUAUUGCUACUGUACUAGAUCCCGAGGGUUACAACGGUAAAGCAACUGUGGCAGCAGUAGCUACAUGGGGAGUACUUGGUUGUGGUGGAGCCCUUGGGGAUUGUUUUGCAGCCUGUAUCGGUCUUGGUAUUGUGACUGGGCUAGGUCCUAUAGCAGUUAUACCUGCCGGGUUUGGAUUGUUUCCUACAGUGGGUGCUCCUGUUGCCUUUAGGGGUGUUGAUGCUGUUGCGGAGAUGCUACGCGAGGAACCAACUCGAAUUUUGGGAUCAGACAGACGACUACAUCGAGAAUAUGGUAUCGAUGGGUUAUAG